AUGUUUGUUCAUCGCCUCUGGACACUCGCAUUUCCUUUUCUUGUGCAGAUAUCGAAGGCGUCACAGUUGCAGAAUAUCAAAUCUUUCCUGGACAUCGAAGAUAAUGUGCUACCCAAUUUGAAUAUAUCGCAAGAUAACAGCAACGCGGUGCAAAUCCUUGGCGGUGUAGACGCCUUAUCUUUUUACGAGUAUACAGGCCAGCAAAAUUUCACCAGAGAAAUAGGUCCAGAAACAAGUUCGCAUGGUCUAGUUUAUUACUCCAACAACACCUAUAUUCAGUUAGAAGGUGCCUCUGAUGAUACUCGAAUAGACAAAAUCACGCCAUUCGGCGCUGAUUCGUUUAUCCUAAGUGGAUCAGGCACGAUAAACAAUAUGUCUGUGGGAAACCAGAUAUUAUACAAUUUGUCGACGCUAUCUAUGGUACCUAUAUUCAAUCAAUCGUUAGGGUCUGUCGAGACUGUACUCGUGAAUGACACUUCUAUUUAUUUUGGAGGAAACUUUUCAUACAAUAAUGGCUCCAUGACGGGCCAUAGUGCCCUCAUUUGGGAUUCCAUAUCGAACACCACUCAGCUUUUACCUUUUGGAGGGUUUGGUGAAAACUCUAAUGUCAAUUCAAUCGUCAAGCUAAAUGACGACAGCAUUUUAUUUGCAGGGAAAUUUUAUACAUUGGAUGAUUCUUCCGUGCUUGUUACCAGUUUUAAUAACGGCACGAAUUCAACCUCCCCUUUAAACGUUACCACAUUGGAACUAGGCCAACGAAUUCCAUUGAGAUAUGCUUCCUGGGAUUCCCAGGGAAGUACAACGUUUGCGUCUAAUUCAUUAGUUUGCCCUGACUCUAACAACAACGGAUGGCUAUAUCCGGCUACAUCCGGGUCUCUGGUUUGUAAUCUACCUUAUGAAGUUUCACCAACAAAAAUAAGGCUUUACAAUUCUCAAAGUUCUGAUAGCGAAAUCUCUUUAUUUCAAAUUCUAACUAAUCCGUCCAGUAGUAUAAUGAAUUUGACGUAUCUGGACCCACUGAGUGGGAAGUUGAAGAAUUGCGAUGAGUUUUGCCCUUUGUAUAGUCGAGCUACUUUACAAUCAGCAAGCCAGAAUGUAUCUUCAUCCAUGGACAUGAUCACCUUUAUCGAUAACAACAACACAGAUGUAAAAUGGUCAUCGAAUUUCCAAGAUUUUGCGUUCGUGAAUGAACUUCCCGUUUCAUCUUUAAAAUUCACAGCAUUAAAUUCAUACGGUAAUGGUGUUGGGUUAUCCGGUUUAGAACUCUAUCAGGACACAUUCUCUACUUAUGCUAAUGAUUCGCUUAACGAAUAUGGCUGCAGCGCGCUGGCCAAUGAUUCAUCGUCAUCUACACUAUCGAGCAAUGAUUGGUAUAACGGCCUAACAGAUGAAAGUUAUAUAGCGACAAAAUAUGUUCCAGAUCAGAACGAGCCAACUCCACGCGUGAAAUUUUACCCAAACAUUAUCCACCCUGGUCAUUAUAUUAUCAACAUGUAUACACCCGGGUGUCUUCACGAUAAUACAUGCUCUUCAAGAGGUAUUGUUAAUGUGACCAUGUGGAAUCAACAAAACAAUACAAUGAUGAAGACGUACAUGAUCUACCAAAACAACGAUAAUCUAAAAUAUGAUCAAAUCUAUUCAGGAUAUCUGGAUUUCUCACCGGAAAUCGUUCUGGAGUAUGUCUCCGGAAUCUAUACAAGUAACACAGCAACAGUACUCGUGGCAGAUCAAGUUAAUGUCAUUACUGUAUCUUUAGAUGCUUUUGACACUCUUUCGGAGUCUACUAAUGCGAAAAGACAAACGUUAUUAAAUGGUAUCCUCCAAUACCAAAAAUCAAACUUUACUGGCGCGAAAUCGAAUGAGACAAAGAUAGGUAAUACCACCCUUAACCUUUUCCCAGUAAACAAUUACCCUAAGAAUUCUUCCCUUUUUGCUGACAUUUACGAUAACAAAUUAAUUGUUGGUGGAGUGAGCAACCGGAUUUCUAUCAUUGACCUUAAUGACGACUUUGAAGUAACGUCAAGUAAAAAUCAAACCAUUCAAGGCGAUGUGCAUGGUAUGACAAAGACAAACGAGGGCUUGCUAAUAUUUGGGGACAUCCUCUCUUCAGAUAAUCAAUCAACUGUUUUUCUGUAUAAUGGAUCGUUUGAAAAUAUCCUCAACCAUUCUAAAACAGUGGCUAGUGCCAUCAAUAUAAGCCUUGAAAAUAACGAUCUGAUUGUUCUUAAUAACGAUUACAUGGUCAAUGCCUCUUCCAAUGUACAAAUAUGGAAUUCUACUUCUUUUAGUCUGUCACUUUGGGCGGCUGGUAACAAUGGCAACGGUGAUGUUUUGUUUUCAGGCGCAGUAUCUCAUAUGCAAUAUGGUAAUUUGAAUGGAUCUGUGCGUUUUUUGAAUGAAAAUAAAGUAGAGGCGCUGAAUCUAGAGGGGGGGAUUGUACCUUACUUGGGUGCUUACUUAAAUGAGUCUGCCACAGCAUAUGCAUACGAAAUAGAUUCUCUGAACAAGAUUUAUUUUUCUAAUAAAGUUUACCCUUCCUGGAAUUGGUCCAACAGUAUUACUCAAAUGCUAUACGCUAACAAUCAAACUUUGCUAGCUGUCGGUUCAGAGUCCUCAGCUACGGCGGAAUUGUCCGUUUUUAAUUUAAGGAAUUUGACCACGAUUGCUAAUGAAACACUGGGAUCGAAUGCGAAAAUAAAUGCAUUGGUUAAUUUUGAGAAAAACUGUAGCAUACUUGUCGGCGGGGAUUUCCAAAUGACUAAACCGAAUUGCUCCGGAUUAUGUCUAUACAACUACGAAAGCAAAACUUGGUCUACAUUCUUCAAUAACACGAUUUUUGGUGAAGUCACUCAGCUUUCGUUCACAAACGCAUCGGAAUUAAUUAUUUCUGGCCUUUUUGAAACAAAAGAAUACCAAUCUAUACGUUUAGGAUCCUUUAACUUAACCAAUUCUACUAUGAUUCCAUUAUUGACUGGUUCUGAGGGGAAACUGAAUUCGUUCAUUGUUAUUAAAGACUCCGUAGUGGCAUGGAAUGAUACCUCAUUAUUUAUUUAUAGAAAUCAAGAAUGGAAUAUUACCUCGUUGCCUGGUAAUGGCAGCUCUAUCAGCUCUGUUUCGGCCAUAAACACAAAUAUAGAGUCAGAUACUUUGAGUAAGAGAACGACCAAUGAUGCCGAUAACGGUAGUAUCCUCUUACUUAACGGUAAUUUCAGCACUUCGCAGUACGGAAACUUACAAAGCUUAUUGUUUGAUUUCCAAAAAUGGACACCUUACUUCAUCUCAGAAACAACUAAUACUUCCAAUCACAAUCCAAUAUUUUUUAUUAAUAGAGACGUUUCAACUGAAUUCAACUCUCAGAUUCCACUCGCCAAUUUGAACAUCACUGUGACAAGUCCUCAAUCAACAUCAUCCCAGUCUCCGUCUUCAUCAGCCAGCGGUGAGUCUACGUCAAAAUCGAAAAAAAAGAAAAUAGAUCGUGGGUUUGUUGUUUUGAUUGGUCUUGCACUAGCAUUAGGGACAGUUUCUGUCCUUGGUAUUGCAGGCGUCAUUCUUGCCUACGUGUUUAAAGAUCCGGAGGGUGAUUAUAAGCCCAUUAAACCGCGAAUUGAUGAGAAUGAAAUGCUUGAUACCGUCCCUCCCGAAAAACUUAUGAAGUUUGUCUAA